CGGGUGUUUGCCUCCACACAUGUUUGUUUUGGCCCAGCAGCUGAGCCCCGAGCACGUGUCGUCGCCCUCACACAUGUUUACCUCUCACAACACACCUGUAUGUCACCACAAGGACUGUAAACUGUGUCACCUGUCCUCCUACAAGUUCCCAGAUAGAUAAAAUGAGGCACAAAUUGAACAGCGACUGCUCGUACAGCAAUAGUGAGUUUGGCAGUGAAGAUGAGGAAGUGGAAUAUGCUUUGUAUGCUCAACUGUACUUUGAACCCAACCCAAAUGCUACUAAAGCCCCCACAAUAAGUAAGGUCCGUCAACCUGAUUUAUGUAAAACUGAUGUCGACAAGGACAGUCAUAAAAAAGAAACGGCUGGAGUUAAUUCGCCAUGUAUCACCGGGGAAUGUGAGGCACCGAGCUUUACAAGAGAAAACAAUGAUGUCCCUCCACGUGAUCUUCAUCACGUGGAGGUCUCAUUAGAUACGGCAGAUGCUGUGGAUACGUCAGAUGCUGUGGGUACCCCAGAUGCCGUGGAUACCCCAGAUGCCGUGGAUACGGCAGAUGCCAUGGAUUUGCCAGAUGCAGUGGAUACCCCAGAUGCCGUGGAUACCCCAGAUGCUGUGGAUACCCCAGAUGCCGUGGAUACCCCAGAUGCCGUGGAUACCCCAGAUGCCGGGGAUACGCCAGAUCACAAUAGUCAGCCACUUUCAUCUCAACUGGACCCUCCUGCCCUACCCUGGCGCCCAGGGCUCACUACCCCCUGCCCUACCCAGGCUGCCAAGGCUCACUACCCCCUACCCUACCGUGGGCCCCAGGGCCCACCUCCCCUGUCCUUCCCUGCUGCCCGGUUCACACGCCCCCCACCCCUCUUGUCCUACCCUGCCGCCCGAUUCUCACACCCCCCACCCCCUCUGUCCUACCCUGCUGCCCGGUUCUCACGCCCCCCACCCUGCCCUACCCUGGGUCCCUACCCCCUGCCGUACCCUGACUCCCGGUUCUCAUUCCCUCCACCAAACCCUACCCUGACUCAUAGGGCUCACUACCCUCUGCUCUACCCCGGGGUAAAGUUCUCAAUCCCCACCCCCUGCUCUACCUCAGCUCCUAUGGCUCACUACCCCAUGCCCUAUCCUAGCUUCCGAGUCGGUACCGGAGGCACGCUUUUACUGUCCGAUUUUAUUGACAUUUUGACAGUUGAUCCUGAAGUGCCCACAUGUAGUACCGUGGUAGAUCAAAGUAAAGGAGUAAAGGCACCAGUAAAGGAAAAGUCUCGGGAAGCUUGCAUUCAGCAAGAUAAAGUGUCGAAAAAAGUUCCAGCAUCACUUGAUUUGAGUGCCUCACAGAGCACAGCUCCAGUAGCAUGCAGGAAAAAAGAAAAUCCAGGAAAAUCUCGGAAAAGAUUUUCCAGUAUAUGCAGUGAGGGUAGUAUUUCUGGCAGUAUACCCCUAGAUGACCUUUACUGCAAUUCGUGUAUAAUAAUUUCUGAUGAAGAUGUGGAGGAAGAGGUUGGUAAUAAGCUAGCCAUAAUAGGCAGAGAAAAGGAAAAGGAGAUGGCUAAAGACGAUCCAAGGAAAAAGCCUCGGAAAAGGAAGAUGAGCGAAGGAAGCGAUUCGUCGGUGUGUGAAUGGGAAGACUCAAGAUGUAAGAGUUUAACCUCAAGUGAACUGAAGAGUGUAAAACCUACUUCAUUAAAAAGAAGUUAUAAUUUGGCAUGUGAAAGUGAUUCUGAAAGUGAUAUCUGUUUACUACCAUCUCCAAUCCCAAAACAACACCAAACUUACACCUUGUCAUCAAGUUCUGAUAGUGAGUCGCAUACAAUUACUGAUCUUCAAGAGCGUCUAACAACCAAGACGAAAGAGAAGAGUUCUGCUUUGCCUCUUGAGCCAUCUUGUAAUAAUAAAUACAAAAAGGCUAAGACGCUGGAGAAACCUGUCGUCAAUACACGUGACUCCACCAGCGAUUCUGAUUCAAGUUUGCCGGACUCGACACAAGGCACAGAUUUGAUUCUGAAUAUUGACCCGCAAUUAUCAUAUCUAAUACCAAAGUCGAAGCAAGAUAAAUGUGAUAUCAGUAAGCCAGUUAGGUUGCCUACAAACAGCGGUGUACCGGAAUAUCAUCGCACGAUGGACUAUACAAAAGGCCAAUGUGAUACAACAAAAACACCAUCAUGUGACCACUGGACUCAAGAGAUGGUAAACUUCUAUGACUUAGAUGUUUCAGAAGAUUUAAAGAUUGAAGAAGUGCAUAGACAGCAAACAAAUAAACGAAGUGCCUGGCUCAUUAUUGCCGCAGAUUAUCAGGUCAAACAGAGCAGGAGGUAUUUUAGCCAGCAGGAAAGGUGUUUCCAGUGUCGGCAGUUUGGGCAUAGGAAAGAAGAUUGUCCCAGAGUUCCACACUGCCAUCUUUGUUCUCAAACGGACCACAUUACACGGUUCACUUGCCCAGAGAAUUGCUGUUUUAGGUGUGGUGGAACAUUCCAUUAUUUUUGCACGGAGACGUCAGCUUCAGUGACGUGCAGUUUGUGUGGUUAUCGUGGUCAUCGGCCUGAGUUGUGUCCUGACCUCUGGAGAAGAUUUCAUCUCACUACCUCGGGGACGGCUCUACGCACACCAGACAACUAUGAAACUCGGCUUCCAAAUGAGAGAUUUUGCUUCAAUUGUGGCAGAAGAGGACAUUUUGGGCAUGACUGUCCAGUGAAGUUUCAGAACUGUAGCUACUCGCAAGUUCCCCAGUCAGUCAUUAGCUACUCUGCUCCUGUCAUAUCCACGAAUGUAUCGGCUGUUAGCAAUACAGAAGGAACUCAGGCUGUGAAUGGUGCAUGCAUGAUUUCAAUAAAGAAGAGACAGGUUAGAAGAGUCUUGGGACGCAAAAGGGUUACCCUUCAAGAGAUACAGAGACGUUCGGGGGCAACUGUGCGAAUUAUCCGUAACGAUAAUGGUGCCGAGGUGCGUAUGUAUGGAAGCAAGAAAGGUCGAUCUGCCGCUCAAGACAUGAUUGAAGUCUUACUGAAACGCAAGAACGUGCAAGGACUCGAAGAUUUUGUCGUGCAUGUCGCUAGAAUUAAUGCUGCCUUAAAACCACAAAAGAAAUCUGAAAUAGAGCUUUCGUCCCAGUCUUUAAAUGAAUACAGUCGAACUCUCAGCAUGAAAUGGCACAAAAAAUAUCUUAGACAACUUGGUAAAAAUAAGCUAAAAAUUAUAAAACAAUUAAGUAAGGACAUUAACCGAUUAAAUUGUACAAAGGAUGAUUUAAAUUCGUCUGUUCGUCAGCUUCUCAACUUUAAAAGUUCUCUGGAUAGAAAAUGCGUAUCUCGGAUCAUGGUGAGAAAAAUACUAAGCUCGUUAAGGGAUGUCUCUAUUGCUGUUAUUGGAAAUGCAAAGUAUGGCCCAGGACAAAAUCUCCACGAUAAACUUCAACAGUUGUUAAAAGAUGUACAAGCGAGUAGCAGCAAUGAAAUUCCAGAAGAAAUGUGCAGCCACAUUGCACACGCACUUCAGCCAGUGUUUUCCCCGGCACUGGAGAGCAUUGAUGAGCUUUUGCAAUAUACUCAGCUAUACCAGCACUCACUUCAAACAAACCAAAAAAAUAAAAGAAAGAAUACCAAACAGAAUAAAGGUGUAGAAAAAGUUAAGCUAGGUAAGAGCGAGAGAGGAAAUGUGCAUCAAGGAAAUGUUCCUGAAGGAAUUACAGGUCAAAAUGAGGAAGGGAUUAUGCUCACAAAGAUAAAGACAAACAAAGGUAAAAAUAUGGCUAAAAAGAAGAGACUUACAGGACGUGCACCAAAAAAUUGCUCGCCUGGAAAUCAAGAAGAAGAAGGAGAAGGAAAUAUUAAUAUAAUUACAGAACAAAGUACAGAAGAAGAGGGAAAGGAAAAAACAACUAAACAAAAUAGUCCAAAACAGACUAUAAAAGGGGCGGCAAAACCACUCAAAGUAAAGAAGAAAACCGCAAAGAAAAAUAUGGGAGGAAAAGCAAAAAAGAAAAGUAAUGUUAAAGUAAAUAAGGGUGAGAAGACAAUGAUGAAUAAUGCUACAAAACAAAAUGGAAGAACGCGUGCGUCCAAAAAUUGCUCGCCUGGAAAUCAAGAAGAAGAAGGAGAAGGAAAUAUUAAUAAAAUUAUAGAACUACGUACAGGAGAAGAGGGAAAGGAAAAAAUUACCAAACAAAAUAGUCCAAAACGGACUAUAAAAGGGGCGGCAAAACCACUCAAAGUAAAGAAGAAAACCCCUAAGAAAAAUAUGGGAGGACAGGCAAAAAAGAAAAGUAAUGUUAAACAAAUUGAAGGUGAAAAGACAAUGAUGAAUAAUGCUACAAAACAAAAUGGAAGAACAAGAAAAGUGAAUAAAAAUGGAUUAAGUGCACCGGAGGAAGUGACAGGAAAUGUACCUGUGGAAAUGACCGGCAAUGCACCUGUAAAAAUGACCGGCAAUGCACCUGUAAAAAUGACCGGCAAUGCACCUGUGGAAAUGACCGGCAAUGCACCUGUGGAAAUGACAGGCAAUGCACCUGUGGAAAUGACCGGCAAUGCACCUGUGGAAAUGACAGGCAAUGCACCUACGAUAAAUCAAUCAAGAGGAAAUGCAGCAGGAGCUCCAAAGAAGAAACGGAGGAAGUGCAUGUGCCGGAAACUUGGCCAGCAGAAUGAUGAUGCAGCCAUGAUUUCAAUAGAGAAGAAACAAGUUGUAAGAGUCGUAGGACACAAUGGGGCUACCAUUGAAGAGAUACAGAGACAUUCGGGGGCAACUGUGCAAAGUAUCCCUAACAAUAAUGGUCCCAAGAAUGAUGAUGCAUCCAUGAUUUCAAUAGAGAAGAAACAGGUUGGAAGAGUCGUAGGAUGCAAUGGGGCUACCAUUGAAGAGAUACAGAGACAUUCGGGGGCAACUGUGCAAAGUAUCCCUGACGAUAAUGGUGCUGAGAAUGAUGAUGCAUCCAUGAUUUCAAUAGAGAAGAAACAGGUUGGAAGAGUCGUAGGAUGCAAUGGGGCUACCAUUGAAGAGAUACAGAGACAUUCGGGGGCAACUGCGCAAAGUAUCCCUAACGAUAAUGGUGCAGAGAAUGAUGAUGCAUCCAUGAUUUCAAUAGAGAAGAAACAGGUUGGAAGAGUCGUAGGAUGCAAUGGGGCUACCAUUGAAGAGAUACAGAGACAUUCGGGGGCAACUGCGCAAAGUAUCCCUGACGAUAAUGGUGCAGAGAAUGAUGAUGCAUCCAUGAUUUCAAUAGAGAAGAAACAGGUUGGAAGAGUCGUAGGAUGCAAUGGGGCUACCAUUGAAGAGAUACAGAGACAUUCGGGGGCAACUGUGCAAAGUAUCCCUAACAAUAAUGGUCCCAAGAAUGGUGUACGCAUGAUUUCAAUAAAGAGUAAACAGAUUGCAAGAGUCGUAGGACGCAAAGGGGCUAUUAUUCAAGAGAUACAGAGACGUUCGGGGGCAACUGUGGAAAUUAUCCCUAGCUAUCGUGGUCCCAAGGUGCGUAUGUGUGGAAGCAAGGAAGAGUGUUCUGCCGCUCAAGACAUAAUUGAAGUCUUACUGGGACGCAAGAAGAAUGAUGAUUCAUCCAUAAUUUCAAUAGAGAAGAAACAGGUUGGAAGAAUCGUAGGAUGCAAUGGGGCUACCAUUCAAGAGAUACGGAGACGUUCGGGGGCAACUGUGCGAAUUAUCCCUAACGAUAAUGGUGCCGAGGUGCGUAUGUGUGGAAGCAAGGAAGAGUGUUCUGCGGCUCAAGACAUGAUUGAAGUCAUACUGGAACGCAGGACUGUGCAAGAACUCCAGGAUUUUCUCAUGCAUGUUUUUAUAAACGAUGAAUUCCAAAAACUACAAAAGAUAAUUAAUGGAGCAGGUAUUUUGCCCCCAGCAGUAAAUACAUACAAACAAAUUCUCAGCAGGAGCAGGACAUGGUAUAAUAAAUAUUUUAGAAAAUUUCGUAGUGGAAAGAAAAUCGUUAUUAGAAAACAAUUAAGAAGGGACAUUAGACAAUUAAGUUUUAGAAAUGGUGACAUAGACUCGUCUCUUCGCCACCUUAUCAAAUUUAAAAGUUUUCUGGAUAGAAAAUGCGUACCUAAGGAAGGAAACAUACGUAGCUCUUUAAGGCAAGUCUCUAUUGUUGUUAUUGGAAAAGCAGAGUAUGGUCCAGGACGAAAUAUCCACGAGAAAAUUCAACAGAUGUUUAAAGACGUAGAAGCAACUAGUGGCGAUGUAAUUCCGGAAGAAAUGUGCAGCCACAUUGUGGACGUACUGCAGCCAGUGUUUGCCCCGGUACUGGAGAGCCUUGACAUGCUUUUGCAAUAUGCUCAGCAUUAUCAACAAUCAGCAUUCGGCAAAGAGCUAGCAAGACAAAACGAUAAUCAAAGGAAUAUCUCGCAGAAUGAAGGUGUAGAAAAAGUUAAGCUAGGUAAGAGCGAGAGAGGAAAUGUGCAUCAAGGAAAUGUUCCUGAAGGAAUUACAGGUCAAAAUGAGGAAGGGAUUAUGCUCACAAAGAUAAAGACAAACAAAGGUAAAAAUAUGGCUAAAAAGAAGAGACUUACAGGACGUGCACCAGAAAAUUGCUCGCCUGGAAAUCAAGAAGAAGAAGGAGAAGGAAAUAUUAAUAUAAUUACAGAACAAAGUGCAGAAGAAGAGGGAAAGGAAAAAACAACAACUGAACAAAAUAGUCCAAAACAGACCAUAAAAGGGGCGGCAAAACCAGUCAAAGAAAAGAAGAAAACCGCAAAGAAAAAUAUGGGAGGACAGGCAAAAAAGAAAAGUAAUGUUAAACAAAUUGAAGGUGAAAAGACAAUGAUGAAUAAUGCUACAAAACAAAAUGGAAGAACGCGUGCGUCCAAAAAUUGCUCGCCUGGAAAUCAAGAAGAAGGAGAAGGAAAUAUUAAUAAAAUUAUAGAACUACGUACAGGAGAAGAGGGAAAGGAAAAAAUUACCAAACAAAAUAGUCCAAAACGGACUAUAAAAGGGGCGGCAAAACCACUCAAAGUAAAGAAGAAAACCCCUAAGAAAAAUAUGGGAGGACAGGCAAAAAAGAAAAGUAAUGUUAAACAAAUUGAAGGUGAAAAGACAAUGAUGAAUAAUGCUACAAAACAAAAUGGAAGAACAAGAAAAGUGAAUAAAAAUGGAUUAAGUGCACCGGAGGAAGUGACAGGAAAUGCACCUGUGGAAAUGACCGGCAAUGCACCUGUGGAAAUGACCGGCAAUGCACCUGUGGAAAUGACCGGCAAUGCACCUGUAAAAAUGACCGGCAAUGCACCUGUGGAAAUGACCGGCAAUGCACCUGUGGAAAUGACCGGCAAUGCACCUGUGGAAAUGACCGGCAAUGCACCUGUAAAAAUGACCGGCAAUGCACCUGUAAAAAUGACCGGCAAUGCACCUGUGGAAAUGACCGGCAAUGCACCUGUGGAAAUGACAGGCAAUGCACCUGUGGAAAUGACCAGCAAUGCACAUGUGGAAAUGACUGGCAAUGCACCUGUGGAAAUGACAGACAUUGCACCUGUGGAAAUGACAUGCAAUGCACAUGUAGAAAUGAUAGACAAUGCAUCUGUGGAAAUGACAGACAAUGCACAUGUGGAAAUGACCGGCAAUGCAUCUGUUGAAAUGACAGGCAAUGCACAUGUGGAAAUGACCGGCAAUGCACCUGUGGAAAUGACCGACAAUGCACCUGUUGAAAUGACCGGCAAUGCACCUACGAUAAAUCAAUCAAGAGGAAAUGCAGCAGGAGCUCCAAAGAAGAAACGGAAGAAGUGCAUGUGCUGGAAACUUGGCCAGCAGGUGUGUAAGAAAUGUUUAAGGAAGCGAAAAGUUAGUCAUGUAUACAAUCGAAUUCCAAGAUGGAGCAGGAUAUGGCAUAAUAAAUAUAUUCAAAAAUUAUAAUUCCAACUGGAAUGCAAGAAUGUGACCAAGCAUUCCAACUGGAAUGCAAGAAUGUGACCAAGCAUUCCAACUGGAAUGCAAGAAUGUGACCAAGCAUUCCAACUGGAAUGCUAUGUUUGAGAACUAAUAAUAAGUUAUUGCAGUUUACUUCUUCUAUGUUAAAGAUAAAUACAACAGAAAAUAAUAAAUGUUAAUAAAA